CCAAACUAACUUUUUUUAAAACACGAAGAAAUCAACUAUAAGCCACUUAAACCAAAUAUCCAAAUAUCCUUGAAAAGAGAGACCAAACAUAGCCUCGAGAGAGCGAGAGAGAGGAACUAUUUCGUCGGUCAUAUUGUAAAUCUCACAUAUACUCUCAGAUUCAAGCAAAUCAGACAAGAAAAUAUCACCAAUUUUCUCAUAUCGAAAUGGGUAAUUCUGAGGAAUCAAACCCUCUUUUGCCAAACCAAGAGCAAGAAUCAGGGGCAACAGCUGAAAAGAAACCCACCCCUGUCCACGGCUGCAAGCACGGCGGAUCUCCGCCUCCUGCGGCCGUUCCGAUUGGAUGGACGGCCGAUGGGCUUCCCGUGGGUGAACCCAUGACGGAAAGGGCCCAAUGGAGCUCCGGCAUCUUCUCUUGUCUUGGAACAAACGACGAGUUCUGCAGUAGUGAUCUUGAAGUUUGUUUACUGGGCAGCAUGGCUCCUUGUGUUCUCUAUGGAACUAAUGUCGAGCGACUUGGGUUAACUCCUAAUAAUACCUUUGCUAACCAUUGUUUGCCUUACACUGGUUUUUACUUAAUCGGCCAAACCUUUUUCGGCUGGAACUGCCUCGCGCCUUGGUUCUCUUAUCCCGUCCGUACGGCUAUUCGCCGGAAGUUUAAUUUAGAGGGAAGCUGUGAGGCGGUUACUAGAUCGUGUUCGUGCUUAGGAAGUUUUGUGGAGGACGAGGAUCAACGUGAACAAUGUGAGACUGUCUGUGAUUUUGGGGCCCACAUAUUGUGCCACGCGUGCGCCCUUUGUCAGGAGGGUCGUGAAGUUCGCCGUAGGCUUACUCAUCCUGGGUUCAAUUCACGACCCGUUUUGGUCAUGAUCCCACCUCCCGUACAAGCCAUGGGCAACAGCGGAGAAUAAUCGAUACACGUGUGUUUAGUUUCAUGUACUUUUGUACUAUACCAACUUUAUACAUACGGUUAUGUUGAUGAGGCCUUGGUUUUUAAGAUGUUUCGUGUGAUAAUCUGUUCUUUGAUUGUGCUUUGUCGUGUGUUCUUACAGCAUAAGUAUAGAUUUUUGUAAAAUAUUUGCAUUGGAACAAAGUGUGUUUUGCUAGACAUGGUUCGUUUGUGUAAUUUGUUUCUUUUUUUGUGUGAUU